CUAGACCGUCCCGAGCGUCCACUCAGAUUCGAUCCUUGGCAAUCGCCAAAGUGUCCAUCUCAAGUUUCAAGCCUCACAGCUCGUUUAGUUAGUAGGCUCUAUCUUUUUAUUAAUUCAAAGCCUACCCGUCGCAUGACAAAUAUUCAGGCAACGCCAUUUCUCAAACUGGGCUCAGCGAACGAAUUGAGUCACUCGUUGCCCAGAAAAUAUGUUAUUCUCGACUAAAACCCUGCUAUUGGCAGCCAGCUUCCUACAAGCUGCGCUCGCCCACAAUAUCCAGCUUCCCGCCCACGGCCGCGAGUGCUUCCACGAGGAGCUCCACAAGGACGAUGUCAUGACCGUUACUUUCCAGACCGGCGACAGGGAGUUUGGCGGUGCCGGUAACCUCGAUAUUGACUUCUGGAUCACGAACCCGAUGGGCCAGCACGAAACCUUCCAGAAGGCGGUUUCGAACGGCGACUUCUCGUUUACGGCUAGACACGACGGUAAAUACCUCUACUGCUUUGGCAACGAACACUGGGGCUCCAACAGCAAGGAGGUAUCGUUCAACGUACACGGAAUAGUAUACGUGUCCGAAGGCGAUGCCCCUCAGGACCCCUUAGAGAAAGAGAUUAAGCAACUCUCCGAACUAGUCGAACAGGCAAGGGAUGAGCAAUCCUACAUCGUCGUCCGUGAACGCACCCACCGUAACACCGCCGAGAGCACGAACAGCCGAGUCAAAUGGUGGAACUUGUUCGUAAUCGGCGUGGUGGUAGGCGAGUCUCUAUUCCAGGUAUGGUGGUUACGAAGAUUCUUCGAAGUCAAACGGGUGGUAUAGCAUCGUACUUUGGGGUGGGGGGAGCAGUUCGAUCACCAUCUUGUUUCUGGGUAGUCAGGCGUAUUUAUGGGCUGGCUUCGAGAUGGCGGGUUUCAAAAGGGAUGGGCAGACGUUCAUGAAUUAGAGCAUAUUGCACGUUUGUACAGUAAUGAAGAGAAGAUAUCUGGCAUGUUACAUAUUCCAGUUUAAGGCUGUACGACCGGUGGCUUUAGCUUAGUGAUACUGUUACGAUCAACUCAAAUGUUACACUCACGAGAGUAUCUAAAGUAAGUCAUGUUCUAACCACGAGUAACUAUAUCCAGC